AUGGCCAGCACAACUUUAAUGCCUCCUCCUCCUCCUCCUCCUCCCCCCCUGUGGGGCUGCCUAGGAGGCAUCUUCCAGCCUCUUUGCACCUGGGCUCCUGUAGCUCUGCCCACCUGGUCCCGGCCUGGCCCUCCUCCUGGCUGCCCCAUUCCUCUCCUCUUCCAGAAAAAGGGCCUGGAAAGCUAUGAGAAAGAGGCCGAGAAGCGGGGCUGCCCCCAAGCCCUGCCUGAAGCUCCUUUGCCAAGAGAGCGAGUGGUCCCAGCCUCGCUGGCCCUUGCGCACGAGCUGUCCCAAGCGAUGCUGCGGAUGGACAUGGCUCUGGAGAGGGAGUACGCCUUCGACAUCUUUAGCAACUUGAUGCGGAAGCAGCCGUCGUAUGCGCUCCAGGGCUUUGACCUGCCGCGGUCGGUGACGGUGGAGAUGCGAGCCCUUCUGGUGGACUGGCUGGUACAAGUGCAUGAGUAUCUGAAUCUGGCUGAUGAGACCCUUCACCUGGCCGUCCACCUCAUGAACUGCUACAUGAGAGCAGGCCGGGUCAGGAUCCCUCGCCUGCAGCUCCUCAGCGCCACCUGCCUCUUUCUGGCGUGCAAACUGGAGGAGCACACCUGCCCAGAGCCAGCCCAGCUGUGCGUCAUGAUGGAGAACUCCUGCAGCCGAAAGGACCUCCUGCAAAUGGAACGCAAAAUCCUGGCCCGACUCAGGUUUGAGCUGCACUACGCCAAUCCCAUCCACUUGUUCCGCCUCCUGGCAGAAGUGGACCAUUGCACCUUGGAGGUAAAGUUCUUGGCCCUCUAUUUCCUGGAAGCCUCUCUGAUGGGGGUGGACUGCCUGCGCUUUGAGCCCGCACAGCUGUCCUUUGCGGCUUUGUCUCUGGCACACCGGCUGUCGCGGGAAGCCAGAAUCCAAGACCUGGAUGCGCUUCAGGAAUAUUUUCCAAAGUUCCACCUGUACAGCGAGGCCGAGCUGUUGGCUGUCUUCCCGUACAUGGCCAAGGCGGUUUUGCAAGGGGCCAAUGCCUCCCUUCGAGCCAUCUUCCUGAAAUACUCCAGGCCACAGAAGCUUUGUGUCAGCACCAGCCCUACCGUCACGGCUUCUAAGCUCCUGAGCCGCUUCCUGGGGGACCCCAACCAAUGAAGGAGGAGGAUGCCAGGGUGACGCUUGAGCUGUCCCUUCACUGCCUGUGGAAAUGGGGAGUGCGGAAAGCCAAGCAUUGUCCCAGGCGUGGCUCUAGGCUCAGGUGGGCGUGGGACCCCUUCUCUCCUUUUCUUCCUUCAUGGCUCAUAAAGUUUUCUCACUUCAUCUUGGUCCGUUUGUCUGUCUAUCCCACGCCCUCUCUGCGGCCCUGAGUCUUGCACA